CGAUCACGAGUUCUUAUCCGGACUCGUAUCAUCUACUCGUAUCGACCACGACGCCCGCGGGCUCACUGCGCGCAAGACGAUACGGCCGAGGUGGCGCUCACCGAAGCGCAGGAAGACGCGCUCAGAAAGGUCUUCAAUCGCGUCGAUAUUUCGGGCGACGGACACAUCUCCGUGAUAGAAGCCAUCAAGGCGCUCCGCGGCGCACGAAGUUCGACGGGCAUCGAGGCCGACUUCGCGCGGCUGCUGGGCCUCGACGACAUGACGCGCAUCCACCAGGAAGACGGCACGAGAGAUAAGCUGAUGCUGGCGUUCGGCGCGCUCGACGCGGACGGCGACAAAAAGCUAUCAUACGAGGAGUUCCGCCGCCGCGGCGCGUGGUGGCGAGCGCGGCGACGGCGCGGGACCCCGUGCUGGCGCUCGAUCCGUAGCCCCCCUCCCCCCCCCCCAUCUUACCCUAAUGCACAUAAAAAUUGCCUAGCUCUAAAACAAAACCGGCGUCUCGCGAGCCCGCGAAAUCCACCUCGCAUGCUC